AUGGCCCGAAACUGCAAUGAAUGCAUAAAUGCGAGACCUAAUCCUCCUAAGUCAGUACUAACUCCGUGGAAAUGGCCACAAAGACAAUGGACGAGAGUGCAUUGCGAUUUCUUAGGUCCGUACAAAAACAAAACAUUCCUAAUUAUUGUCGAUGCAACCACAAAGUGGCUAGAAGUUUUUCAAGUAAAUUCGAUGACAGCACAAACGGUCAUAACAAAACUGUCUGAGUUAAUUGCACGUUUUGGCAUUCCCAGAACAAUAACAACUGACAAUGCAAAAUGUUUUAAUGGCGAUGAAUUCCAGUCAUAUUGCAAGACACUAGGUAUCAGGCACUUGACAGGGGCACCUUUCCACCCAGCCUCAAAUGGAUUUGCCGAAUCUGGAUGGUAUAAACCGUUUUUAUUUACUGUUGGUACUGGUCAUGUUCAUCAUGGUCUGAUCCACGAUGUAGAGAAGAGAGUGUCUGAUCUCUGA